GACGAGCUCGUUCGGUACCUGGAAGCCGACCCUGUCCACACCCAAGACGCGGUCCAGUGGUGGCUCGACCGUCAAGAGAGCUAUCCUCGUCUCUCCCGCAUGGCCAUCGACUAUCUCAUGGUCCCUGCCACGUCUGUCGACGUUGAGCGCGUCUUCAGCCGAGGACGUCUGCUCCUUCCGUACGUCCGUAACCGUCUGUCCGCACAGAGCACGCGUGCAUCCAUGUGCCUCGGCACAUGGAGUGUGCAUGGGCUUGUCCUCGCCAGCGAUUUUGCCGCUGCCGCCCAGCUCCCCGACCUCGUUGACACAGACAUCACUGAGCUAUAA